AUGAAAGCUUUUUUCUCGAGAUUACAUCUCGGGAGCAACACCACCACCACCAACACCAGUAACCCCACCAACUCCAACUCCAAUAACCCCGCCUCCACCAACGGUAACAACACCCUCAGUAAUAACUUCAGUAAUAACUUCAGUGGUACCCUCGGUAAUACCUUCGGUACAAACAGCGCCAACGCCAGCCGCGAAAAAGAAAUCGGGAAAUUGCCUGCGUCGUUGAGGACGUGGCCACCUCAACCAGCACCUGCACCUGUACCUUCACCUUCACCUUCGACCACACCUGCAUCAUUACCAGCACACCCACUACCAGGACUACAACCAACAUCGGCACCAUCAGUACCUGCGGUUCGGACAGAAUCCCGAGAAAGCGGACGCCGGACGUCGCAGUACGCGGUGUAUAAGCCGUUGCCGGAGGUUUUGGGGGUGGGAGGUGGGAUGAGUGGUGUGGAACUAGGAGGAGAAGAUGGAGAUGGGGAAGAAAGAGAAAGAGACAGAGAAAGGGAAAGAGACAGAGACAGAGACAGAGAAAGAGACAGAGAAAGAGAGAAGGAAGGAGAAAGAACCCCCACAGGGAGUAACACACCUGUUCCACCUGAAGCGUCCAAUCCAACAUCGAAUACAGCGUCGAACACCAAAAAAGUAGUAGCGUUCGUCUCCUCGCAGGACCUCGAGCCUCUUCCCGAGAACAGCGGGAUAAGUCGAUUUCGGUCUCCAGUUCAGACUAACAGUAACAACAACGGUAACAACAACAACUCGAGUCAACAAAGUCUUCGUUCCGGGACUCCUUUUUCUCAAAUGACUUCUCAUACCACGCACACUGCCCAUUCCUACAACACCGCUAGCACCUCGCACACCUCGCACACCGCAACCACUUCUCACACCUCCCACACAGCUAGCACCGCCUCCACCUCGCGCAUCCUCUCCGCCACGUCCUGGAGCCAAGUCACCGAAGACGACCUCGUCUCCAACCUCGGCUCGCGCGAACGCACCCGACAAGAGGUGCUGUUCGAGAUUAUCCAAAGCGAGGAGAGAUACGUCGGGGAGUUGGGAAAGAUGCGGGAGAUGUUCAUUGAGCCGUUGUUGCAUCCGUAUAGCGGGAGGGGGGUGAUGAGUCCGGAGCCGCAAUCGAUGGAUGGGGAUGUCAGAGAACUAGGGGCGAGAGAAGGGGAAGAUUCCCUACCCCCGAUAGCAGCACGGUUCAUGUCUCCCACUCCCACUCCCACUUUAAGCCCUACCCCUCCUCCUAAUGGCGGUCACGACGAUUCCUCCUCCUCCUCCGAAGAUGAGCCCGUAGCCGACUCCUCCGCAUGGCGAACCCACCCCCGGUCCCCCUACCGCGGCGUCGUCGUCACACCCCCCGUAAUCCCCUUCCCCUCCGGUGCACGGUCACAUCAGUCCCUGCCCCCGGCUAGUAAACUCCUCAACGGAGUGUCCACACAGUCGUUGGGGCGACAGUCGUUCGUGGGGGAGAGGGGGAGAGCGCAGUCUCAGUCCAAGGUCACUCCUUCCACUCCUUCCACCAAAGGAAGCGGAAGCGGGGGAGGGGCACGGGGGAUGUUUAAACAACUACGGAGUUCCGGUGCGAAUACGAAAGAACCCCCGGCUCAACUCGGUGUAGACGAAACCUCUGCGCUCCCCCUGGUACCCCCGCACCUCCUCCCCCCCGACCUCCGGAUCUGUCUCGAAGUCAUCGACUCUGGGGUGUUCGAGGGCCACAAACGACUCGCGGAGGCGUUGAGGAAGAGAUACGACGACCAGUAUCCGUUGGUUAGGAGUUUAGCGGAUGUUUUUGUUGCGAAUUCGGAUAUAUUCUCAGGCUACGCGACUUAUGUGUUACACCUCGAACGCGCAUUAGACCAAGUCGACAACGCUCUCAAUUCCCCUUUUCCCUCUUCCAAACCCAAACCCAAACCCAAACCCCGCACCUCUUCCUCCCUCUCCCCCUCCCAAAACUCCUCCACAUCCCAACCCCCCAUCCCCCCCCUCCUCCGCACGCUCGACCUCCUCGCCUCCAACCUCGGCCACACCUCCCUCUCCAUCUCCCUCUCCAAACCCUUCCAGCGCCUCCUCAAAUACCCCCUCCUCUUCCAAAACCUCCUCUACCACACCGACCCCUCCACGGUCGAGUACGAGAGCACCCUCCAGAUGGUGGCGGAGAUCGAGGUGAUGGUAAGGGGGAUCGAGGAUGAGAAGGUGGAGUGGGAGGAUAGGGAGAAGACGAGGGAUGUGUUGGGCAGGAUUGAGUGGGGGGAGGGAAAUGGGAGUGGGAGUGCGUCGGGAAGUGGAAAGGAGUGGGUGGGGAGACCGAAACCUGGGAGGGUUUUGGUUGAAGAAUCCGUGUAUCUCCCACCUUCUCCUAUUCCCCCUACGUCUUCCACUUCCUCCUCCCCCUCCCCGUUAUCACCCAUCCAAAUAAAAAAAUCCAAAUCCUCCUUCCGGCGUCUUUCCGAUGCAUUGUCUUCUUCCAACCCUUCCUCCUCUUCCCCUUCCACCCCUAAUCAAGGAACCCAAUCGAAUAAACCCGUCAAGGCAUUCAGCAAAAAAGAUUUAUGGGUGGUUCAUUUCAACGACGUGGUGCUGCUGUGUCAGCGUACCGGGUUGACGACUGUGCCGAUUUGGAGUAGUGGCAAUCAUGGGAAUGGGAGUGAGAUGAAUAAGGGGAAGGAUCCACCCGGUGGGGGAUUAGGACCGGGGAGGAGACAGUUGAGAGUAACACCGAGGAACCUAUACAAAUUCAUCAAAGUCGAAACGUGGGUUAUUGGAGACGUGGUGCAACCACGAGAAGGCGUAGUAGCGAUGGCGGAUAUUGAGAGAGCGAGGUUACAACAGCAGCUACCCCCACAACAACAACAAUCCUACCCCUCAAAACAACGUAGUAAUCAUAAUCAUAAUCAUAAUUCCCUCCACCCAUCAACCCAACCCCGAAUCAUACCCAUGCCUCCCGACGACGAGAACCUCCCCCGUCUCCCCCACCCCCGCCACAAUCACCCCAACCACCCCAACCACCUCAACUCCAACUCCGACCCAGACGACUCAGACCCCGACUCCUCCGACUCGGACCGCAAAAGCAAAAUGAGCUUCUCCUACUGGGGCGCCGACAAAGUCACUAUCCAGCGUCCCCCUCGCACCAACACCACCAACAACACCAACACCCCUGGUUCCGGUAUGACUAAGGUUGUGAUCCGUGGUGGUAGAGGAACCGGAGUAGGGGGGAGUGGAGGGAGUACAGGCAGAAUGCGAGUAGUAGGUCUCGGAAAUCGGUCCCUGACUUCUUCUUCUACGGGGUCUGGAUCUGGAUCGGGGACACCGUCCUACCGUAGUGGUGUAGGGGUACCAGGAGGGGGAGGGGGUGGGGCACCUCAAGGUCGGAUCGUUGUUCCGUCUCGAAGAGGCGGCGGGGGAUCUGGGGGAGGUCAUGGACAUGGACACCAUGGGGUUGGGUUGCAUGGAGGACAUGGACAUCUAGGAGGACAUGGGGGAUAUGGAGUCGGUGGACACGGACACGUGAUCUCACCGAGCGCGUAUUCGCGGGAAAGCAGUGCGAAUGCGAAGUUUGGGUCGAGGUUGGUUUCGGAGCGGGAUAGGGGGGAGAGGGAGAGGGAGAAAGACCGUGAUCGUGACCGAGACCGAGACCGAGACCGAGACAGGGAUAGGGAUAGGGAUAGAGGAGAUAAAGAUAAAGAGAGGGAAAAAGAGAGGGAAAAGGAUAAGGGAGACAAGGACAAAGAGAAGGAAAAAGACAAAGACAAAGAAAGACCAUCCAGCCGCCGUACAGGAACCCGGUCCAGAACUGCUACUGUUACUUCUACCACCACCGGCGGUGGGGGUGGAGGUGGGGAUACAGCUAAGGCAACGGUUACUCGGUCACCUGCGGGUGCGUCAACCCCUGUAACUGCUUCUGCUUCUUUGACUGCUUCUUCUACCACCCCCACCCCUUCUUCCAAUCCCAAUCCUUCGAAUUCGAAUCCCAACACCCUCCCACCCCCACCCCGAAUCACACCAAGCACCUCCCAAACCAGCGCGCGGUCGAGGAGGAGCUCUACCACCACCACCACCGCUACCACUACCACUACUACUACUACUACUCCUGUCCCUGUUCCUGUUCCUACCACUACUCCUUCCACUACUCCUACCACUACCACUCCUUCCACUGCUGUUGGGAAAUCCAAACCAACCACAACAGGUGGGGAAAGAGGUGAAAGGGGAACAGGAACAAGUGGUCCGAUAUCCCGAGGCCCUUCCAACACCGGUCCAUCCGCCGGAGGCAAUACACGAGGAUCGUCGUCGACAACGUCUACUGCGUCUACGACGGGAACGACGGGAACGACCCCCGUCUCCCCUGCUGCGUCCGAAGAUUCCGGUGUGGGGAUGGGGCUGGGGCUGUAUAGGCAGAUGAUGGCGAAGGAGAGGGAGAGGGAGGGGGGGAGGGUGUAA